UUUAUCCCCAGCAGGUCUUUAACAACAGGACUGUUACAGGUCGGUUGGUGGAUAUCGACACUCGGGGCUGACCGAGGAGACGUGAUGCUGCUUCAGAACGACCAUAAAGGGUUGCAAAGCUGUUUUAGGGCUCACUUCCUUGUUUCAAACGCCCACCAAAGGAAACCACAGAUGGGACAAAAAUAAAGACAUCUGCACAGACCUGUCACUUCUGUGUUGAUCUGUGAACAUGGAGACAUCGGCUGGUUUCUGGCUCCUCGCAGUGCCGCUGUUAGUCGGCUUCACUCAGGCCCAGACUGUGGAGAAGUACUUCAGGGUUGGUGAAACACUCCAGCUCAGCCCUCAGCCGGUCUCUGAACGGAUCUACAGCGUCGUGUGGAAAUACGGUAAAUACCUGCUGGCUGAGUGGGUGAAAGACCAGAUUCCUCUGACAUAUUACAGCAGGUUUAAUGGCCGAACCACUGUGAACACUGACACAGGAGAGUUGGAGAUCAGGAACAUGACUGCAGCGGACAAUGAGGUGUAUACAGUGGAGAUCAACAACCAGAUCCAGAGUCGGGUUCAUAAGAUUAUGGCGAUCGAGGAUGUGCCCCGACCUGAGGUGGAAGUGAAGCCGCUGGUAUGUAGCUCAACCUCUGAGAGAUGUAAACUGGUGUGUGAGGGAGAUGUUAGCAAAGCCGGGCCUGUGGAGUACUUCUGGAAGAAGGAUGAUGGAGAGUGGGCAACGUCUGGAAAGAACACCGUGGAGAUCAUCAAUGAUGAGGAAACACAGCGUGUGAAAACUUUCUCCUGCAGAAUAAAGAACCUGUUUAGUGAGAAAGAGAGCAACGCCUCCAACGUGUUCUACCGAAUAAAACCAGCAAACAGUGACGACCUGCACUGUGGACUCUGGGUUACAACUUUAGGUGCUGUGAUGAGAUCUCUGGCGAUCCUCGCACUCUUUGUGGUGGUUGUCUACUUUCUGUGUCAGAAACUACAGACUGGCUGUAAAUGCAGAAAAAGUGAUGAUGCUGUUUGAAAUGAACUGUCGCCUUUGACUUCCUGAUGAAGAGUAAAGCACAUCAGCUGUACUGAGAGGGAAGUUCAUGUUUAGCUUUGUUAAACUGCUCUGCUGCAUUUCUACAGUAAACAUUAUUUAGCAUACAGUUAUAGUCAGCCAUGUUUGUAGUUUUCUUUGGUCUUCUCUGUCUUUGUCCUUGUUUUGACCUUAUUUUGGUAAUCAGUUUUUUUUCACUUCCUGUCUUUAUCUAUUUUUACUUUGUUCAGUUAGUUUUGCUUCUUUAUUUCUGUGUAUUUAUACUUAUGUAUUUCUCUGGUAUUAGUGUGUUUUCCCACAUAUGCCCGUCAUUCCUGCCCUCUUAUUUAUCUGGUCAGGAUUCCUGUGUUUUGCUUUAAGAACUAAAAGCUCUGCUUUGGUUCAUCAUCCCUGUCUCACUGCUCCUGCAUUUUAAACGCUGUGACGAGGCAGAAAAAGGUGGAAAUAUUCAGAUGUUGUGUGCUCAACCUGCACGAGCGUCAGCUUUCGUCCCGCAGACAGAGAGCUGAGAUGAUGAUGAUGAUGAUGGUGAAAUGUUUUGUCCUGCAGUUGUGGCACAUGUUGAUUGUACAGCGGAGGCUUUGCUGCUCGGCUGGUGAUCACACCGUCACAUUAUCUCUGUUAUGUGAGCUGUUCUGUAAUAAAUGUGUUUACUUGUCUCUGUCACUGCGGGUGAAACUUCCAGACAAAGAUUUUCAUUCCUGAAUCCUCACAGAGGUGGAAGUGCCAAUAUUAAGAGGCAUUUUUAAUGUUUUGCUUUGUAAAGCUUGCCACCAAUAGGGGGCAUGCUGUCCCAGUGAAAGCAUGACUGCUGACAAAGGUUACCAGUACACCCUCUGCACUGGUCCCUCUGCAUGCCGCUGCAGCAUCACCACACAGUCACUUCUGUUUAUGCCAGUUGUUAAAGAGCAGGAAGCUGCUACAGUAUUCUGCUGAUGAUGGAUGAUACUGCCACAGCUCAGCUAUCACACAGACUCCAGGUUUACAGCAGAGGCUCAUUUAUGACUGCGCAGCCUCUCUGAGUGAGUCCUGAGCUCCAGAAUUCAGAUCUCAGCCUCCCAGAGCCCAAAAAGCCUCAUCAGCUACCAACAAAACACUUCGUUCUCAUAUCAGAAACACUUUGAUUUUCUCUCUGAAAACAGCGAAGCAGUUCAGAUCAAUGAGCCGGAGCUGCAGGAGGAUCAAUGUCUUUCAUGCAAUAACAAACUCUGUUGGACGUUGUCUGGACUGUGUGGGGUCUGAGGACCGAGACUCAGGCGUGUAGGAUCUCUGAUCUACAGAAGACCGAAAGAAAGACUCCACGAAAGUCGCUUUGUGCUCACAUGCAUGUUCCUGCUCUGCAUUAAAAUACCCGUCGUCUAUUACUGAGGCGCAGAAACAUGCAGGGCUCAGCUGUAAACAUGUGAGGGGAGGACUCGGUGAAGUUUGCAUUAACUCUCAUACGCUAAACAUUCAAACUUCUCCUGUGUGUCUGUGCUGUGUAUUCUGGAGAUGCAUACCACAUCAGCAUCUGAAAUGUGUUAGUCACAGUUACAGAGUUCAGUUUGUGCGCUCGGUGUUUCUCAACCUGCUGUGUCUGAUAACUU